AUGCGCAAAAAAAACACGUAUACUUUUUCUGGAUGCACCGUUAAGCUCCAAGCAUGGGGUUGGUCUAGAUUGCCAUCCCUAGCGCCCGUCAACCACAACAACGUUUCCUUCCCGUAUGCACAAAAAUGGUCGGCUAAGGGUAUGACUUACAAUAGAUGCCCUAGACAUUGUAUCAUUCAAUACCGCAAUCUGUUGGAUCAUCUAACACCUACAGAUUUCAUAUGGCGUCCAUAUCUAAACAUGGAACACCUACAUGAAGUCAGAGAGGAAGAUGAUGCCGUUUGGACUGCAUGCAUCCCGAUCAUCAGAUUCACAACUGUGGAGAUGCACAACAGUUACCGUGUCAAACUACAAUUUGGAAUGCAUCAAAACAUCCCAGAUCCUCCUGUUGACAUCAGUAAAUGGCAUCUAAAAAAAGUUAAUGAUCAAUGGGACUUUCCCGACUAG